AUGGCCUCGCUAAUUGUCGUUAUAGCCCAGCUGACAGUGCUCACUCUCGCUAGUCGGAUGGUUUACCUAUGCUACUUCCAUCCUUUGGCACCCUACCCAGGCCCUUUCUGGGCCCGCUUUCGUGUUGCCCCAAAUUGGCUAUCUUUUUCGAGCUUAGAAGACUUUGACGCCAUCUAUGGAUUCAACAAAUCUGUCGAGAAGGGUGACUUCUAUGCGUUUGGGCGGAGUCCCAGCCAACGUGAAGCAAGUAUAUUUUCAACGAAGUCGGAUACCAUCCACCGCCACAAAAAAAGGAAGGUUUUAGGGCCGGCUCUUUCCAGUUCGAAAGUAGCAAGGUAUGAGCCUGUUAUCGAAGAACAUGUAGCAAUCCUUUUGGCACGAUUGGAGGCAUCACGACAACCGGCAGGGACAGCAAUUGCAACUGCAAACGUGGCUCCUUUGAUAUCUCGGUUCACCCUGGAUACAAUGCUGGAAAUCCUGUUCGGCUCAGCUAUAGCAUCAAACCCAUAUACUGAUAGUGCCGCCGCCGGUGCUAUAUGCUCGCAGCUUCGCAAGAUGACCAAGAGAGCAUGGAGUUACUCUCUCUGGCCAAUCUACGGGCGGAUUAUGAAUAGCUGGGCCAUCAAUUACUUGCUUCGCAGCCUUUUUUACAACGGAGAUGGGGCACAGACUGGGAUGACUGGGCUCGCGGCUGCCGUUCACAGGGCAAUCAUGCGGGAUCCCCAACAUGUUAUGCAAUCUCCAAAGCCUGGAAUCGUGAAAAGCUGGCUCGAAGUCCCUGUUGACGACGUAAAUCGUAUGAAACAGCCCGAGGUCCUAGCUGAAGCUAUGAAUAUGGUCUUCGCAGGUCCCGGGAGCAUGGCGGCCGCUCUCACGGCUAUUGUAUACCAUUUGGGUUCGGAAGAAGGACAGGUCUGGCAGGAUAAAAUUCGCAGGAAAGGAGCAGUCUCUAGUCAGAGUAUAACGGCUGCCACGAUCCCCCUCGAGCUACAGGCCGUGAUGAAAGAGGCGAUGCGUUUUCAAGGAGUCUUUCCAACAGCAUUUCCUCGAGUGAUCAUGUCGGGUGCUGAACGUGUCAUUCCCAGCCUGUCAACACCGCUACCGGUCGGCACUACAGUGUCGGCGAAUACCUAUGUCUUGAGUCGGUCGCGCGAGAUCUGGGGAGACGAUGCUGAUCAAUGGAUUCCGGAGCGAUGGAUUGGAGAUGCUGAACACAGGCGGCAGAUGGAAACAAAGUUCGUAGCCUUUAGCAAGGGUCCGCGAGGCUGCGUUGGGAAGGACCUGGCACUGAUUGUACUGGCCAAAGCGGUGAUGGGACUCAUCCUACAAUGGCAGAUCAUAAGCGUAGGAAGUCUGCGGGGAAAGAGCUGGCUGGAAAUGCAGUAUGACGACUGUUGGCUAGAACUCAGACGAUUGUCCACAGCGCCGUAG